GUUCUUCGUGCUACACAUUUUCCUCUGUGGUUGCUUCUCCUCUACUUCUCAGACUCCAUAUCGAAGCUUCAUAAUAGUUGCUAACAUACUGUAAUCAAUUCGAGAAAGUUCAGAAUAACGAAGAUACAGAGUGAGAGAUAUGGGAAACUGCUGGCCGAAGCCCGUAGAUGAUCUUCCCAGCACCAACAAUAUCAAACCUACUACCAUAGGCACAGUUCAAGAUAAUGCACAGUCCACCAAGAACAAGAUUAUCAACACCAGAAAAUCAUCCUCAUCGCCAUCACCGGCUGAUCUAGGUGGUGAAGGAGGAGGUGGUGAUGAUGAUGGUCAAACUGUUCCUCCAAGCGGUCAAAUUAUUGGUCCAAACUUGAAACUGUACACUUUUGCUGAACUGAAAAGAGCAACAAGAAAUUUCAGGCCUGAUACUUUGUUAGGAGAAGGAGGCUUUGGGAGGGUGUUCAAGGGUUGGGUUGACAAUAAUACAUAUUCACCUUCAAGAGUUGGUGUUGGAAUCCCAGUUGCUGUCAAAAAAUCAAAUCCAGAUAGUGCACAAGGAUUAAAGGAAUGGCAGGCGGAGGUAAAGUUCUUGGGAAAAUUUUCCCAUCCGAAUCUGGUCAAGUUAUUAGGUUACUGUUGGGAAGAGAGACAAUUUCUUCUCGUCUAUGAAUACGUGCAGAAGGGAAGUUUAGAAAGCCACCUUUUCAGAAGGGGAAUAGGCGAACCAAUUCCUUGGGAUACAAGGAUCAAAAUAGCAAUAGGAGCGGCUAGAGGACUUGCUUUCUUGCACACUAAGGAAAAGAGUGUCAUAUACAGAGAUUUUAAGGCAUCAAACAUUUUGCUUGAUGGGGAAUUCAAUGCAAAACUUUCCGAUUUCGGACUUGCCAAGUUAGGUCCGAUUGAUGGUAAUUCACACGUAACGACUAAGGUUGUUGGCACGUAUGGCUACGCAGCUCCCGAGUACAUGGCCACAGGUCAUUUGUACGUGAAAAGCGAUGUCUAUGGGUUCGGAGUGGUAUUGCUGGAAAUAAUAACAGGCCUACGAAUCCUCGAUCCGAAUCGGCCCAAUGGACAAACUAACCUGGUUGAUUGGGCCAGGCCUUUGUUACCAAAUAAGAAGAAGUUGAGACGACUAAUGGAUCCACGUCUUGAGAAUCAAUACCCAUCCAAAGGUGCAUUUCGAACAGCCAAACUCAUAAUAAAGUGUCUUGAGCCUCACCUAAAACUCCGGCCUGAUAUGGAACAAGUUUUGGAGACUUUAGAACAAAUUAGUACAAUACAAAUGACACCAAAGGACUUAAAAGCUCAAACUAGCCAAGAACAACGGCAUGGAGAUGGUCGUAGCCUGCAUCACCAUUGAUCGGUCGGACCUAGCGGCGGAAAUCUUCCACAUAAUAAUUUACCCAGAAACCGGAGUUACUGAUUAAUACUAGUAGUUGUGUUUUUACUUGUACAUGUCUGAGCCAUUGGCUUGGAAACACUAUAUGGAUCUUGGUGUUGGCAUAAAAGUGGAAGACCCUACAUUUUUGCAGAAGUUGACCGGUUAUUCCCCUUACCAGGGCCUAUGUGGCCUUGGUAAUGAAGCAUUCUUCGAAGUUGACCCAACUCAAGAACCCAAUUAUAGCUUGUUGAUAUUGUAGCACUUUUGUCCGAGAAUAAUGUUAUUUAGUAUUAGUGGUUUUGAAAAUCAGUUUAAGCAUCAGCAUACUACAGGCCCUAUUAAAUGAGCCAUUAUUCGUUAUAUUUAAUUGAGCCUGUAAUUUAAUGUUAGUAAUGUUGCCAACUAGACUAGUGUUAUUAUCAGUAGUGUUAAAUAGUGUUGUUCAUUGAUUCACUUACUUUUUCAAACCCCGUACGAGGAAUGAAGUAGUCUAUAAGUCAUUUCAUUA